AUAAAAAUAAACUUAUUGGACAUUUAAAAGAGGCAAUUAUAACAAAGAAAAAAAAAAUUUUUGGUAUUGAUGUGGACAAAUUAAAAUCUUGGAAAGUAGAAAUACCAGAUGAGAAUAAAAAUAUGAUAAAUAGGCUUACUUUUCAUAUUUAUGAUAUAUUAUUGCCAACUAGAUGA